CGAAGACAAAACCACCAGAUGGCGGUUUAGGAUUGCUGCUCUUCUCACCAGGCGCGGUUUCGCUCACUCGGACAAUAUUCAUUAAAAAAUACCCGCAUGGUAUUUAAACGAAAAACUAUUUAUCACUUCGGAAGUCGAUAAGAGAGUGGGGAAUGGUCGCUGCAGAAACUGAGGAGAGUUAAGUGCUGGUCACUCCUGGAGCCAUUCUUUCCUGCCCCUCCAGACCUCUCCCCCGCCUGAACUGCUGUUGGAAAACACGAAAACUAACCCAACCCGGAGGAAACCAUCACCCCAAAUCUCAUAAGAUGAUUACGUCAGAGCUGUCCGUCCUGCAGGACUCUUCCAAUGAGUCUGGUGCUACAGAUGCCGUGGGACUGAGUCUGGGUGAAAUGGAGGACACAGAGCUGAAAGGCAAGAAGAAAAGAGGAAGGCCAGGAAAACAAACACUGGCGUCAAAUAAGAAGCCUCGCAAGGCCCUGGUUGACAGAACCAUGAGUGUCCCAAGAGGAAGAGGGAAAGCCAAUGGUGUUGCUCAGCAAAAUGGGGACGGUGGUGACCCGGUGACGCUGUUUGAAGUAGUCAAAAUAGGCAAAAGUGCCAUGCAGUCCGUGGUGGAUGAGUGGAUCGAGUCGUACAAACAGGACAGGGACUUGGCGCUACUGGACCUGAUCAAUUUCUUCAUUCAGUGUUCUGGGUGCAAAGGCACGGUGAGAAUUGAGAUGUUCAGGAACAUGCAGAACGCAGAGAUCAUCCGCAAGAUGACAGAAGAGUUUGAUGAGGACAGCGGGGACUAUCCCCUCACCAUGCCUGGGCCCAUGUGGAAGAAGUUCCGCUACAAUUUCUGCGAGUUCAUCAGCGUCUUGAUCCGCCAGUGUCAGUACAGCAUCAUCUACGACGAGUACAUGAUGGACACCGUCAUCUCCUUGCUCACUGGCCUGUCGGACUCUCAAGUCAGAGCCUUCAGACACACGUCAACCUUAGCAGCGAUGAAACUGAUGACAGCACUCGUGAAUGUGGCUCUGAACCUGAGCAUACACCAGGACAACACACAGAGGCAGUACGAGACAGAGAGGAACAAGAUGGCUGGCAAGCGAGCCAACGAGAAGCUGGAGCUGCUGCUGCAAAAAAGAAAAGAGCUUCAAGAAAACCAAGAUGAAAUCGAAAAUAUGAUGAACUCGAUCUUCAAAGGAAUCUUUGUGCACCGCUACAGGGACGCGAUUGCUGAGAUCAGAGCCAUCUGUAUCGAGGAGAUCGGCGUGUGGAUGAAGAUGUACAGCGACGCUUUUCUGAACGACAGUUACUUGAAAUAUGUUGGCUGGACCUUACAUGACAGGCAAGGGGAGGUGCGUCUCAAGUGCCUAAAGGCUCUACAGAAUCUAUUCACCAACCGAGAGUUAUUCCCAAAGCUGGAGCUCUUCACUAACCGCUUUAAGGACCGGAUUGUUUCGAUGACACUAGAUAAAGAGUACGAUGUUGCUGUGGAGGCCAUCAGACUGGUCACGCUCAUCUUGCAGGGCAGUGAAGAUGCGCUGUCCAACGAAGACUGUGAGAACGUGUAUCACUUGGUCUACUCCGCUCACCGACCAGUCGCUGUUGCCGCCGGGGAGUUCUUGCACAGGAAGCUGUUCAGUCGACACGACCCUCAGGCCGAAGAAGCUCUGGCAAAGCGCAGAGGGAGAAGCAGCCCCAAUGGGAACCUCAUCCGCAUGCUGGUGCUGUUCUUUCUGGAGAGUGAGCUUCAUGAGCACGCGGCGUACCUGGUGGACUCUCUCUGGGAAAGUUCUCAGGAGCUGCUGAAGGACUGGGAGUGCAUGACAGAACUUCUGCUGGAGGAGCCAGUGCAAGGAGAGGAGUUGUUGUCAGACAGGCAGGAGAGCGCUCUCAUCGAGCUGACAGUCUGCACCAUACGACAGGCAGCUGAGGCUCACCCUCCUGUCGGCAGAGGCACUGGCAAACGAGUUCUCACUGCGAAAGAAAGGAAGACACAAAUAGACGAUAAGAACAAACUGACGGAGCAUUUCAUCAUGGCGCUGCCCAUGCUUCUGUCCAAGUAUCAAGCCGACUCUGAGAAAGUAGCCAACCUGCUGCAGAUCCCCCAGUUCUUUGACCUCGACGUGUACAGCGCCGGACGCAUGGAGAAGCACCUGGACGCGCUGCUGAAGCAGAUCCGACUGGUGGUGGAGAAGCACAUUGAGACGGAUGUGCUGGAAGCCUGCAGCAAAACCUACAGCAUACUGUGCUCUGAAGAGUACACCAUCAUGAACCGGGUGGACAUCGCUCGCUCACAACUCAUCGACGAGAUGACCGACAGAUUCGCACACUCUGUGGAGGAGCUGCUUCAGGAGGCGGAGGAAGCAGACGACGAUGAUAUUUAUAAUGUUUUGUCGACCCUGAAGAGACUAACUGCAUUCCACAAUGCCCACGACCUGACCAGGUGGGACUUGUUUGGAAACUGUUACCGGCUGCUGAAAGCAGGGAUCGAGCAGGGCUCCAUGCCUGAGCAGAUCGCAGUUCAGGCCCUGCAGUGCUCCCACUACUCCAUCCUCUGGCAGCUGGUCAAGAUCACUGAAGGGGCCCCCAGCAAGGAUGACUUGUUGGCUCUCAGGCGGGUUGUGAAGUCUUUCCUUGCUGUGUGCCAGCAGUGCCUGUCCAACGUCAACACGCCUGUCAAGGAGCAGGCCUUCAUGCUUCUCUGCGACCUGCUGAUGAUCUUCAGUCACCAGCUGACCUCUGGCAGCAGAGAAGGCCUCCAGCCUCUGGUCUUCAACCCUGACGGUUCGCUGCAGAACGAGCUGCUCAACUUUGUCCUGGACCACGUCUUCAUCGACCAGGAUGAUGAGAGCCAGAGCAUGGAGGGAGACGAGGAGGACGAGGCCAACAAGAUCGAGGCUCUACACAAGAGGAGGAACCUGCUGGCUGCCUUCUGCAAGCUCAUCAUCUAUGACAUCGUGGACAUGCCGGCGGCUGCUGACAUCUUUAAGCACUACAUGAAGUAUUAUAAUGACUACGGUGACAUCAUCAAGGAGACCUUGAGUAAAACGCGACAGACGGACAAGAUUUUAUGUGCGAAGACGCUCAUUCUCAGUCUGCAACAGCUGUUCAAUGAGCUGCUACAGGAUCAGGGUCCAAACUUGGACCGGACCUCGUCUCACGUCAGCGGCAUCAAGGAGCUGGCUCGGCGUUUUGCCCUCACCUUUGGCCUGGAUCAGAUCAAAACCAGGGAGGCUGUGGCCACAUUGCACAAGGAUGGGAUAGAGUUUGCGUUUAAGUACCAGAAUCCUCGAGGGUCCGAGUUCCCUCCCAUCAAUCUUGCCUUCCUGGAGGUCCUGAGUGAGUUCUCCUCCAAACUCAUCCGUCAAGACAAGAAGACAGUACACUCGUACCUGGAGAAGUUCAUGUCCGAGUCCAUGUCAGAGCGUCGCGAGGAUGUGUGGCUGCCGCUCAUCUCAUACAGGAACAGCUUGCUGACCGGAGGAGACGAGGACCACAUGUCCGUCACGUCGGCCUCCAGCAGCAAGACGGGCUCGGUGCGGAGCAAGAAGGGCCGACCGCCGCUGCACAAGAAGCGCGUCGAAGAGGAGAGCAGCAUGGACGGCUCCUGGAUGAUACGCAACGACACUAUCCAGACCCCCGGACCCAUGCAGCCUCCGCAGCUCACGUCCACAGUCCUCAGAGAGAACCGACCUGCUGAACACAUGCCGGACCCCGACUCGGAACCGGGAUCGGAGAACGACUACGUGCACAACACUCAGAUGCAGAUGCAGUGGCUGAACCAGCAGAAGAUGGAGGAGGUGAGCAGGAAGGACCGGACAGCCAUGAACUACAUCAAGUCGCGCAGCAGCCAGGGGGUCAGGCAGACUGUACGCGGCCUGAUGGAGGAUGACGCCGAGCCCAUCUUCGAGGACGUGAUGAUGUCAUCACGAGGCCAGCUGGAGGACAUGAACGAGGAGUUUGAGGACACGAUGGUGAUCGAUUUGCCGCCGUCGAGGAACAGACGCGAGAGGGCGGAGCUGAGACCGGACUUUUUCGACUCGGCCGCCAUGAUCGAGGACGAGUCGGGGUUCACGAUGCCCAUGUUCUGAUCGCGCUCACGAGGUGACAAUCCCCUCUUCUGAAGACUCCAGUUUCCUCUCCGCGAGACCCGACGAAGGACGCUCGUCUAGCGGGUCUGAAUUGAGCCGGCGGGGAUGGAAGAAGGUCGCCGACAGUUCCAGGCCGUCCUUCUCCGCUUCCUCUCUGGAGCGUCGCGCCGACACAUGUACAGUUGUUUGGUUCUGGUGACGCGACAGACCCGACAGUUCCACUUUGGUUUUGCACUUUGUUCAAUCGCGGAGGCUCUCGACACUAAAUGUUGCCCUUUUUCGCCGCCUCCCUUCCACACCUGGUGUGAAGCCCGGUUCCACAGUCGCACACAUUCAUUGGCGGACCAUGGACUGUCACCGGGGGACUUGACGGUGAAGCCACGCCCCUCCAGCUUUUUUUUUUUUUUUUUUUAAAGUUAAAAAAGGUUUAAAAAGAUAUUUUGAAUCCUGUAGCUUUAGUACAAGAAUUUUAACUACGGUGUGUUUCUCUCUGUUUGUACAGCCUUUUCUUGAAUAUGUAUCUUUGUUUGUUGCCAAAUGGUGGCCUACAUACUUAUAUUCCAGACUCCUGUCUAAUCUGUCCUUCAUAUCGACGGAGGGGAAAUCCAAGCGCUGUGUGUUCAGAUUGUAUUGUUUUCACGGUUCAAUAUUCACGUUUGUUGCUCACUUUCUUUCUACAGAUGCAGUGUUAACUGGUACCAGUGCAGUGUCGGCCAUGUUUGUAGAGCCACAGCUAGUCGUGUUCGACUCUUCCAUGUGUGUAAAUAUCACUGACGGUUGGAUCUUUCUGCAGCGCAGUCGACAUCGGUCGCCCCAAGCGCUCUGAACGCCUGUUUUUUCUGCAAACUGAUUCUUUCUAAUAAAAAUAAAACCUGUAAUCAAGACAAGUCUGCCUCUGCUU